AUGCCGCCGUCUCCAGCUAUUAGAUUCUCUCCCGGGAGAGAGCUGAAAGCUGCUGAUAACCACAAGCGAGGCCGGAGUCUUGAAGGUGGGAUUUUGUUCAAGGAGAGAGAUGAUGAUCUUGCUUUGUUCAAUGAGAUGCAGAGCAGGGAAAAGGAGGAUUUUUUGCUCCAGUCGACUGAUGAUUUUGAAGACUCAUUUUCAACGAAGUUGAGAUACUUCUCGGAUUUGAAACUGGGGAUCUCCGUUCCUGGGCGCGGGGAGAGUAGCGAGCUGAUGAAUGCAGAAGAGGACAAGAAUGACUAUGAUUGGUUAUUAACUCCUCCAGACACUCCUCUGUUUCCUUCUCUGGAUGAUGAGCCACUGCCACCGAAUGUUCCAUCCAGGGGCAGGCCUCGAAGUCAACCUAUUUCCAUAUCAAGAUCAUCCACGAUGGAGAAGAGUUACAGAAGCAGCAGGGGCAGUGCUAGUCCAAAUCGUUCAAGUCCAUCGCCUCGCUCUGGUAGUAAUACAAUUCAGUCAAGGGGAAGGCCAUCUUCUGCACGUAACUCUAGUCCAACUCCUAGUCCACGACCCGCCACCCCAUUACACAGGCCAUCUACUCCUUCACCAAAUAAAGCCUCACCACCUGCCCCAAGGUCUUCUACACCAACUCCAAGGAGGGCGAGCACAGGGUCAGCGACAAGAGGAGUUUCUCCAAUACGGACUACUACAAGGGGGAAUUCUGUUUCUCCUAAAGUGAGGGCAUGGCAGUCAAAUAUACCUGGUUUCUCCUCUGAAGCACCGCCUAAUCUUCGUACUUCUCUGGGCGAUCGACCAGCAUCAUACGUGAGGGGCACCUCGCCAGCAUCUAGGAAUGGAAGAGACUCAAGCUCAAGAGUUGGCAGGCAAUCGAUGUCUCCAACUGCUUCUAGAAAUGCCAGUUCUUCACACAGUCAAGAUCGAGAUAGAAUAAGUUCAUACAGCAGAGGUUCUGUUGCCUCAUCUGGUGAUGAUGAUGUGGACUCUUUACAGUCCCUUCAUGUGGGCAGCUUAGAUCGAUUAGCAUCCAGAAGAGUUGGUGGGAUUUCGAGCAGCAAAGUGUCAGCAACAUUGCCAAAGAAGCCAGCUAGAACAUUCUCCCCAAGUUCUGCUCCAAAACGGUCCUUUGACUCUGCAAUUCGUCAAAUGGAUCAUCGGAAAAGUCCACAGAAUAUGUUUAGGCCUCUGCUGUCAAGUGUCCCAAGUACCACCUUUUACACUGGAAAAGGAAGUACUGCCCAACGCUCAUUGGUGUCUAGGACUUCUUCAGUUACAACCAGUAGUAAUGCAAGCUCCGAUCAUGGAGGUAGUGCUGCAAUUGAUACUGAAGGAAGUGACCGCCUUCAUGAUGAUGUGGUGGUUGAAAGUGGGAAAGACCUAUAUUUGACUGUUCAGGAAGAUAUAUUUGCCUUUGAUAGGGCAGAUGACCUAAAUAAAGAUGUUGGGCAUGUCAUAGAGGAUUUGGUGCCUCAGUCUCAGCUUCAAGAUCUUGAUAGAGAUCUUGCAGUUAGGAGUGAGGAUGGGGACUUUGAAGAGUUAAGCCACCGACAUGUUGAUAUGGAAGUCGGUUCUCCAUCUGACACUUCAUGUGCAAGGACUUUCUCAGAAGUUGACAGUUUGAAUAACCUUGGAAACUUGAAGAUUUGUUCUAGGUGUGGUUGCAAAUACAAUGAUGUCGAGGCAUUGGAGACCGGCAUCAAUCUGUGUGUAAACUGCAGCAAACAAGACACUAUAAUAACUACUGAGAACCCUCUGCAAUUGUCCGUUAGUAAAGGCAAAGAAGGGAGUACAAAGAUGGAUGAAUCAGAGCUAGAUUCUGCUGUAAUGGAGCUGCGAUCCCAAACUGACAAUAUGAGUUAUGUUAGUGAUAGUGUCCUGCAUGAAGUCUUAGGCAAGCAAAUUGAUAAUUCAAGCAAUGAGCAGAGCCUUAUGGACCCACAAGUAGAGUGGUUUGUUGCUAUGUCAGCUGAAGAGGGAGAUAAGCAGAAGAUGGUCGGCAAGAAAGUAACUAAGGAACCAACUCUUGGCCGCAGCUUCUCCGAUAUUGUCACUGGAAGUGAGCAAUUGUCAAACUGCAAUGAAUUCCGUACCUUGAAAGUUGAUCUUGUCGAAGGUGCUGGCAUUUCUGUAGUACUAAAGAAAUCCAGCAGCAGUAAAGGGCCUGUUUUCCAAGGCAGGAGUUUUACAGCCUCUACCCUUAGUUAUGAUGACGUGUCUUACACUCGAGACAGUGCAUACAGUUUGAGAAGCUCCUUCGGCCAUGGUAGCACAUCUGGAUCGUCUUCUGUCGAUCUCUCCUCAUCAGUUAGGCAAAUUGAGACCACCCGAUUGCAGCGGCAAUUGAGUGGGAAGAAAUCUGAUAUUGAAGGCACUAGACCUCAAAGUAGUGGGUCAUCGUUUUCCGGGUCUCUUAAUAAUCUUGCUCGUCAAGCCUCAGACCUUGUGACUAGUACAGGUGAGGAGAGUGUUUCAGGUUCUCAAGAUAACGAAGUGGAAGCCCCGAAUUUGUCUUCUUCCACUGGUCAACCGAUUUCCGAGGAAACUUUAUGUGAGAGAACAGACAACAGCAGGACCAUGGAUGCUUCUACAUCACAGUUUGAAGAGCAUUCUGAAUCAUAUUCCACUUCGAAGAGCGUCCCGUUGUAUGGAAAUGAGGUAGAGUAUCAAGACAAUGCUAGAAAUAUCUCAGAUACAGAUGCAUCGUCUCCCUUAGAGUCCUCAGUUGAAGCAGAAAAUGGCAUCACUAACACGAGUGUCGAUCACAAUCAUACUCCCGAGGUUCCCAGUCACAGUCGGCUGGCAUCAAUAUCAGAGAUUGAAAGUGAGGAUCACGGUCAAAGUCCUCCAUGCUCAGAAUUAAAUGAUCUUUCUGCAAACUUGAGAAGUAUGACAGACGGAUUUGAGGAUCCUUCAGUUUCUGCACCAUCAGAUAAAGAUGCCACUGCUUCCGUCCUGCAAACCAACUCUUCAGAUCACGAACUUCGUGUUCUAGACGAAUCCACUGUGAUGGUGGAAUGUCACGGAGGGAACAAGGUGGGGAGAAGCCUAACCCUCGAAGAAGCUACCGAUACCAUACUCUUCUGUAGCUCCAUUGUCCACGACCUGGCAUAUCAAGCUGCAACAAUAGCCAUUGAAAAAGAACUCUCAGUCCCAUUGGAAGAUACACGGCCAACAGUUACCAUCUUGGGGAAAUCCACUCCUGAUAGAAAGGAUACCCGCAUUGGUGGAAGAACCAGACGGAGCUUAAAACCUUCCAAAGUGAAGCAGCAGCAGCAGAAGCAAGUAGAUGCCUCCGUGAAAAGCCCUUCCUCUGUGAAGGUAGAGAAUGACGAGAAUGCGGACGAUUCCAUGGUGCGGAACGUCGGUCUUCCUAAUAGAAUGGAUAGUUCGAAGCCUCCAAAGCUGGAAUCCAAGUGCAAUUGCACAAUAAUGUGA